UCCCCAGUUCCUCCAGGCUGCCUGAGACAACCCGGCCGAGUGUUUGCGAGCUGCUGGGCCGGCGUUUGCGGCAGCUCAGAUUCCAGAUGAAAAUGUUUGAGAGUGUUGACUCUACAGCCACAAGAUCUGGCCGAGAUCUCUGGGCUGAAAUCUGUUCCUGCCUGCCAAACACUGGCCAAGAAGAUGGUGCCAACAAUGCCUUCUCAGACUCCUUCGUGGAUUCUUACUCUGCCGAUGAAGGCCAGAGAGAAGCAGCAGACUUUUCUGUCCAGCCAGCUCUAAAGCCUUGGGCUCCCUUGCAGGAUUCAGAAGUGUAUAUAGCAUCUCUAGAGAAGAAGCUGAGAAGAAUCAAAGGAUUAAAUCAGGAAGUAACGUCCAAGGAUAUGCUUCGAACCCUGGCCCAAGCCAAGAAGGAAUGCUGGGAUCGGUUCCUCCAGGAGAAGCUAGCAUCCGAGUUCUUUGUGGAUGGACUUGAUUCCGAUGAGAGCACCUUGGAACAUUUCAAGAGGUGGCUCCAGCCAGAUAAAGUAGCCAUCAGCACAGAAGAGGUCCAGUAUCUGAUUCCUCCAGAGUCACAGGUUGAGAAGCCAGCGGCUGGGGACGAGCCAGUGGCCGGAGACAAGCCAGCAGCAGCCGAACAGUAAAUUACACAUUUGCACGCCGAGCAGCUGUCUUGGAUCCGGAGGGAACAGUGGAGAGUUGGGCAGCGCAGCGGCAGCAGCAAGGAGAAAUCUUGGGAGGGAAAAGGCCCAGACAUCACUCCUCAAAGCAAACAGCUGCAAGCCCCCGGGGACUUGCUUGGGGCUGGCCUGCGUGGCUGUCUUGGAUGAAGUGACUGAACCAGGGCAUGCUGGAUGAAAAUACUGCUCUCUUCUGUGUCUCAUGACUAGCCUGAGCUCUGUUGCUGCAGGCUUGAAGUCUGCUGAGGACCUAGUGAGGGACCAAGUGUGAGAGUACUUGGAGAAACUUAAAACGUCAUUUAAGUGAGCCAUGCCUUUCUUGCCUCGUCUGGAUAUUGAUGCUUGUGUCCCGAGCACUCCCUUGGUCAGUUUUUGAAACCUGCUCCUUGAUUCCAAGCUCCCUAUGGGGCUCCUCUCACAGAUCCAUAGUAAAUCCGUGGGCCCCAGGGGGACAGGCUGGGCUUUUCCUUUGAUUUGUUUCUUGUCGAGAAAAUAGUUGAAGGAAGUGUGAA